AAUUAUUAGAAGUGGAAGGAGAUGUUUCAAAAAUUAUAAUGUUGGACAAAUUAUAGAUAGCAAAUAGUUUUAACCAAUUAAACGUAAAGUGAACAAUAUUAAUGUAAUUAAAAAAUAUAUUCAUAGUUAUCAAUAGUAUUAAUAUAUAGAUAAAAUUUUAUUUUAAAUAAUUAAAAUAAUUUUAAAACAAAAUGGCUGCUGAAAAAUUAUUAUGGUUAACGAUGUUGUUGAUUCGUCUGUGGCUUGGUGCUGGAGAUCUUUGUUAUGCACAGUCAACACUGCUCGCCUUCCAAGAUCUUCUACCUGAUGACCCUCGCUUGUACGACAAAAUGCGCCCUCCCAAGAAGGAUGAUCAACCCACCAUCGUUAACUUCCACGUUACUGUCAUGGGACUCGAUUCCAUUGACGAAAAUUCUAUGACCUACGCUGCCGAUAUAUUCUUUGCUCAAACCUGGAAAGACUUUCGACUUAGAUUACCAGAGAACAUGACCACUGAAUACAGACUCCUGGAAGUGGAUUGGUUGAAACAAAUGUGGCGACCAGACUCAUUCUUCAAGAACGCGAAAUCCGUCACCUUUCAAACGAUGACAAUACCCAACCACUACGUGUGGUUAUACAAGGACAAAACCAUCUUGUAUAUGGUGAAGUUGACCUUGAAAUUGAGCUGUGCCAUGAACUUCCUCAUCUAUCCUCAUGACACGCAGGAGUGCAAGCUUCAAAUGGAGAGCUUGUCUCAUACAACAGAUGACCUCAUAUUCCAAUGGGAUCCAGAAGUACCGUUGGUGGUCGAUGAAAACAUCGAAUUACCCCAACUGGAACUCGUUCAGAACAGAACUGCUGAUUGCACUCAAGUUUAUUCAACUGGUAAUUUCACGUGCCUUGAAGUCAUAUUUAAGCUGAAGCGACGUCUGGGCUAUCACUUGUUCAACACUUAUAUACCGACCUGCCUGAUCGUAAUUAUGUCCUGGGUAUCAUUCUGGAUAAAACCGGAUGCCGCACCAGCGCGUGUGACACUCGGCGUGACGUCUCUCCUAACUCUCUCGACGCAACACGCCAAGUCACAAGCGCAGCUUCCACCCGUGUCGUAUCUGAAAGCUGUGGACGCCUUCAUGUCUGUGUGCACUGUUUUCGUAUUCAUGGCGCUAAUGGAGUACUGCCUUGUCAACAUUAUUCUGGAUGACAGAGCCGCAAAGCCAAAGGAACCAGCAGAAGCCGCCAAAGCACGUAUGAGGGCCAUCAGCAUCGACCGCUUCUCGCGCGUCUUCUUCCCCCUUCUCUUCGCGGUCCUCAACCUGACUUACUGGAUCCAGUUCGCACAAUACAUCUGAUUGUCUUAAAUGACACUAUGUGUCCUUUACUCCGAACUUUCCGUAGUUAUCUGCUAAAGCGGAAAUUAUUCGUGAAGAUUCGGCUGUACAUUCUCGGUUUUAUUAACUAUCGAGUGUUUUUGUUACGUU